CGCGGGGCCGGGGGAACCGCGGGUUCGAGUCUCGGCUCCGCCGCCCGCUCGCCCGCCCGCCAUGGCCCGGCGGAGCGCCCUCUCCAUCCGCAUCGUGGAGGGCAAGAACCUGCCCGCCAAGGACAUCACGGGGAGCAGCGACCCGUACUGCAUCGUGAAGAUCGAUGAUGAGGCCAUCAUCAGGACUGCCACAGUGUGGAAGACUCUGUCCCCGUUUUGGGGGGAGGAAUACGAGGUGCACCUUCAUCCCACCUUUCACAGCAUCUCCAUCUACGUCAUGGAUGAGGAUGCGCUCAGCCGUGACGACGUUAUCGGGAAGGUCUGCAUCACCCGGGACAUGCUGGUGGAGCACCCCAAGGGCUACAGCGGCUGGAUGAGCCUCAGCGAGGUGGACCCCGACGAGGAGGUGCAGGGGGAGAUCCACCUGCGGGUGGAGGUCCAGGGGAGCCAGGGCAGCCGGCGGCUGCUGUGCUGCACCGUGCUGGAGGCCAGGGAUUUGGCCAGGAAGGACCGGAAUGGUGCCUCCGACCCCUUCGUCCGUUUGCGCUACAACGGGAAGAUGCAGGAGAGCACCGUGGUCAAGAAGUCCUGCUACCCCCGCUGGAACGAGACCUUUGAGUUUGAGCUGGCCGAGCCCGCCGGGGAGAAGCUGUGCGUGGAGGUGUGGGACUGGGACCUCGUGGGCAGGAAUGACUUCCUGGGCAAGGUGGUGUUCAGUGUCCAGGGGCUGGAGGUGGCCGGGCAGGAGGAAGGCUGGUUCAGGCUGUGGCCAGACAAGUCCAAGCCGAGGGAGGAUGAGCACCAAGGCAGCCUGGGCUCGCUGCAGCUGCAGGUGAGGCUGCGGGACGAGACGGUGCUGCCCUCCCACUGCUACCAGCCUCUGGUCCAGCUCCUGUGCCAGGAGGUGAAGUCAGGGCGCCAGGAUGGCCAAGUGCACCUGGUCACCCUCCUGGAUGAAACCACCACGGCCGAGUGCCGGCAGGAGGUCGCCAUCAGCUUGGUCAAACUCUUCCUGGGCCAAGGGCUGGUCAAGGAGUUCCUGGACCUGCUCUUCGAGCUGGAGCUGGCCAAGCCCUGUGAGCCCAACACUUUGUUCCGGAGCAACUCCCUGGCCUCAAAGUCAAUGGAAUCCUUCCUCAAGGUGACAGGGAUGCCGUACCUCCACGCCGUCCUGGGACCCACCAUCACUCGUGUGUUCGAGGAGAAGAAGUACGUGGAGCUGGACCCCAGCAAGGUGGAGGUCAAAGAUGUCGGGUGCUCGGGGCUGCACCGGGUGCAGACGGAGGGUGAGGUGAUGGAGCAGGGCCGCCAGCACCUCCAGUCCUACCUGGGCGAGCUGCUGGACGCCAUCGGCAAGUCAGCCCCAGCAUGUCCCCCCGUCAUCCGCGCCGCUUUCCGGCAGCUCUUCCAGCGCGUCGGGGAGCGCUUCCCCCAGCACCAGCACAUCAAGUUCGUGGCCGUCACCAGCUUCCUCUGCCUCCGCUUCUUCUCGCCGGCCAUCAUGACCCCCAAGCUCUUCCACCUGAGGGACACACACGCCGACGCACGCACCAGCCGCACGCUGCUGCUCCUGGCCAAGGCUGUCCAGAUGGUGGGUAACAUGGAGCCGGCGGCCGGGCGGGCCAAGGAGCCCUGGCUGGCCCCGUUGCUGCCUGCCCUGCAGCAGGGCAUCUCCCAGAUGAAGGACUUCAUCUCCCGGCUGGUGGGGAUGGAGGAAGAGGAGGAGGAGGAGGAAGGUGAAGGGCGGCCACCAGGCCCUCCUGCCUCAGUGGUGAAGGAGGGGCCGCUCAUCCUCCACAAGACGCGGGGCAAGGGGCCGCUGCUGGUCGCUGCCAAGAAGCUCCAUUUUUGCCUCACCGGGGAGACCCUCAGCUUCAGCAAGAGCCCCAGCGCCGAGCGUAUGGGCACCAUCGCCCUGGCCAACAUCCUCGCCGCCGAGAAGGUGGAGGAGAAGAGCUUCGGGAGCUCCCAUGUCAUGCAGGUGGUCUACGUGGACGCGGGCGGGCAGCAGGAGACAGCCUACCUCCAGUGCAAGUGCGUCAACGAGCUGAACCAGUGGCUGUCGGCCCUGCGCAAGGUGUGCGGCAACAACCCCCGCGUGCUCCGCGCCUACCACCCCGGCGUCUUCCGCGGGGACAAGUGGAGCUGCUGCCACCAGAAGGAGAGGACAGGACCAGGCUGUGACCGGACCCGGCAUGGAGUCACCCUGCAGGAGUGGAGUGACCCUCUGGACCCCGCAGCGGAGGCCCAGCGCCUCUUCCACCAUCUCCAGGGUCUCCAAGGGAUGCUCAGGGAAAAGUACUGGGAGCUGCUGGAGACGGAGGAAGCCCAAGAUGGUCCCAAGGGUGAAGGUGCCCCCCUGCCCGAGGGACUAAGCCGGCUCUUUGGGGUGCUGGGGGAGCUGGAGGGGGGCCACCGCCUGGCACAGCCCCCAGAUCCCCCGGCCCCCGCCCUGCUGCAGCUGCAGGCGUGA